UGCUGUCAAAUUGUAAAUCAAGAAAUUAGCACAAGGUUUUGCGGCGAUAUCUAUUAAUUUAGGCAAAAAUAAUGGACAGUGAAUAUAAAUUAUCACACAAAGCUAAAAAACGAAUCAAGGAAGUGAAAAGGAAAGCUCGUCCAGAGCUUGCUGAUAAAUAUCAAUGGACAGCCUUGAAAUACGCCGGCAAUUUCGACGAAUUCCUGAAAUUCGAUGACAAUGUUGAUAGGAUAGAUGCUAAUGAAGUAUCCCCUGAAGAAUUUAUAGACAAAUAUGAACAAAUAUACAAACCUGUAGUUAUAACGAAUGUCCAAACAAACUGGAAGGCUAACCACAAAUGGACUUUAGAUAGACUAGCCAAAAAGUAUCGGAACCAAAAAUUUAAAUGUGGUGAAGACAAUGAGGGUUAUAGUGUUAAGAUGAAAAUGAAGUAUUACGUAGAGUACAUGAGGACAACGACUGAUGAUAGUCCACUAUAUAUUUUUGAUAGUAGUUUUGGAGAACAUCUAAGAAGAAAAAAGCUUCUUGAAGAUUAUGAUGUCCCGAAAUACUUUCGGGAUGAUUUAUUUAAGUAUUGCGGUGAGGAGAGAAGGCCUCCUUACCGAUGGUUUGUGAUGGGACCCCAACGGUCCGGUACAGGGAUUCAUAUUGAUCCCUUAGGAACUAGUGCUUGGAAUGCUUUAGUAUUUGGGCACAAAAGAUGGUGUUUGUUCCCAACACAGACUCCACGAGAGCUGAUCAAAGUAACUGGAGCUAUGGGUGGCAAGCAGAGAGAUGAAGCUAUCACUUGGUUCAAAUUGAUAUACCCCAAGACCCAGCUGCCAACUUGGCCACAGGAGUAUAAACCGGUUGAAAUACUUCAGAAGCCUGGUGAUACUGUGUUCGUACCAGGGGGCUGGUGGCACGUCGUCCUCAACAUGGACGACACAGUUGCUGUCACCCAAAACUUCUGCAGCCGCACAAACUUCCCUGUUGUUUGGCACAAGACUGUGCGUGGGAGGCCCAAACUUUCCAAAAAAUGGAUCAAAGUUCUUGAGACCAAAGAUCCGGAAUUGUACAAGAUAGCAAGCCAGAUGGACUUGAGUCAGGGAACUGGAGUAGCAUCGGAUAGUUCGUCCAAUAGUAGCUCGUCCAGCAGCGACAGCGACAGCAGCUCCAGCGAUAGUUCCUGUGAGGAAGAUAGUGGACAGGAAAGCAUCACUGCCCAUAAGAAGAAGAGACGAAGGAAAGUAUAAAAAAGACCGAAAUCCACUAGAAGAAAAUUAUGAUUAGUUUAGAUUGUACUGUAUUUUGACCACAAUUAAAAUGUGACAAACUGUGUAAUGUAUUAAUUUGUAUAAUUUCAACUUAUGAUGCCGAUAUGUGUUAUUAUGAUAUAAUGAACUGUUUCAGACAUAUACCAAUUUCUACAAUAGUUAAUUUACUAAUCAGUAAAUGUUGAAAUUUAUAUUGUAUAAGCCUGACAUUUGUAUUACUAGAUUUAAUAUAAGCAACUAAUUUAAUAGUACUCAUUGUUGUUUUCGUAAUAGUGUCGGAUAUUAUUUUUUGUUACAUGUGACUUGAUUCUUUUACGAAUAAAGUAUUAUUAUUUAGUA